UUGAGUUAUUAACAUCAAGUGAAGGAGUUCAUCAAGGAGACCCUUUGGGACCUGCUCUUUUCUCAGCUACUAUCCAUCCUAUUUUAUGUGAGGUGAUCAAGAGACAUGAGGGUGUUACUAUGCUGGCAUAUCUAGAUGACAUCUAUGUGGUAGGUCCAGUCAAUAGUCUUCGAAAUAUUUUGGAUGAUUUGAAGUCUUCCCUGUCCACGUUGCAUUUGGAAAUUUUAGACAGAAAGUGUGAGUUGUUUUGUCCCUCUGGUAAUGUCUGUAAUUUUCCAACUCCAGUUACCUCUGAUGGCACUAUUAUACUAGGCACACCAGUAGGAAAACCUGAAUUUGUUCGUUCUCAAUGUGCUGACAUUGCCAAGGGUGGGAAGGAACUUUGCCGUGAAUUGGCCCUGCUGAAUAAUCGGCAAAUCUCCAUGCUGAUUCUACGACACUGUCAUGUGCCUAGAUUGAACUACUUGGCAAGGCAAGUAUUUCCUCGUGAUCUAGAACUGGCAGCAGUCAUCCAUGACAAAAUGACUAGAUCUUCAUUUGUGGACAUCAUUGGUUUCAAUCAUUUGAAUGAUACAGCCUGGAAACAAGCGACUCUAAAGCUCAAGAAUGGAGGCUUUGGUUUAACACAGAUUGGACAAAUUUCUCAUGCUGCUUUUGUGUCUUCUUGGUGUCAAUCAAUGAAAGAAUUGCCAUCUCGUUUCUUGUGUAUGACUGACUUGGUUGAUUAUCUUACUUCUUCUAAAGAAAAGUCGGGGUCGAUUGGCUCAGAAGUAAUUUCUAGCUUUUCCGACUUGCCACCAUUGUCCAAGUCAGCUGACAAUGAUGAAGAUUUUCAAACACUUGAUGACAUCAUCGCUUAUCCUAAGAAACUGCAGCACCGUCUUUGUACUGAGAUAAACGAAAUUAAUGUGUCUGAACUCAUUGCUCAGGCUCCUUCUGAUAAAGAUGCGGCAAGGCUGCGGUCAUUGCAAGGUCGUGGAGCCGGAGAUUGGUUAGAUGCCAUUCCUACUUCUGAUAGGCACGCACUUAAAACAAACGACUUUUCUAUAGCGUCCUAUUUGAGGUUGGGAUUGGCUUUACCGUUUACCAAGUGGGUGAAAGUGUGUGACUGUGGACAACAACUGGAUCAACAAGGAUACCACCUACUAACAUGUAAAUAUGGAGGAGGUCCUGUCUGGACCCACAAUACUAUCUUGAAGGGUUGGAGUGAAUGUUUGAGUGAUUUGCACAUUCCCCAUCAAACCGAACCCCGGCAUCGUUUUGUUAGUAGCGAAAACCGUCCUGAUAUGACACUCUUUGAUUCUGAAACAGGACAGAAUCUUGACGUGGAUGUUUCAUUAGCACACCCAUGGAGUAAGGAUGCUCUCAACCACGCACACAGAGAAGAAGGGUAUGCUGCAAAAGUAAGAGAGGAGAAGAAACUAAAGAAAUACUCAGGAGAGGUCCUGCAUGGUGGUUUAUCAUCCAAGUGUGUUCCACUAGUCUUUGAACAUUUUGGUUUGUGGGGCUCGCACGCACACAAGUUUUUGUCUCAUAUAUCUAGGCAAAGCUACAAUACCACUCAUGCACAUCCUUUUAACAGCGCUCAACGUUUUAAGGCAUUCUGGAGAAAGCAAUUUUCCAUCAUUCUUCAGAGAUGCAACGCCAGAGUGAUUUCGAGGAAGCUGUCGAGAUUUUCAUGCAGUACAAACGACAGUGACAUAAUGUUUGACUGCAAUGUUGUAGGCCAAGUCCAUUAAUGUGUUAUAAUUUGCUUAGUUA